AUGGUGGACGUGGGCUUAAUUGUCCUCUUCAUCUUGCAGCACAGCCUCAUGGCCGCUCAGCAAGUCAAACACUGGACCAGAAGUUGUUACAGAGAUCUUUCUAUGUCUUCUGCACAGCGCUGACUCUCCAGGUAGGCGUAUCAGUUUGGGGCACCAAAAUGGGGGGAGAGCACUGAAGAGGAGGAAGAAGUCCCACAGGCAAGGUAACAGAGCAACUCAGAGUGAAUUCUUGCCCAAGUCAGAAAAGCUAAGCUCGGAAUGCAGAAUCAAUCUUCCUGGCAUGAUGCUGUUCGGAUUUCAUACUCUGCACUUUCAUGGAAGUGAUAUUUCCAAAGCAAAUCCCCCAGUUUCAGCAUUAAGUCUUUGCUCCUUGGUACAGUUUAUUUUGAGCACAGAGCUCCCAAACUCACAUCGUUAACUCAGCAUAGCCUUCAUUAUGUUGUGAAGCAAAAUGCAUCAUUGCAAUGAUGUGGACUAGAAUCUUGCACAAUUUAAAAACAACAACAACCCAGUGUGGAUAUGAUUUGUAUGAUUUGGCUAAUGUCUGCAUGUCCAGCAGAUUUUCUACAAUGUGAUUGCAGUUUUGGAGUCCCAAAAUGCAGCCACAUUAGACGUGUGCCUGCAGGAGAAUCCACUUUUAUCUAACGUGCCUUUUCCUUCCCACCUAGCUGCUGAUGAGGUACUGGCAGCCUGUGCAGGAUGCUCCUGUGCUCUGGAAUACGAGCAGGGAGCCGUGGGUCACUUGGGUCCCUCUCAUCUGCUUCAUCCUCCACUUCAUUGCUUGGCUGGUCAUCUUUAGCAUCCUCCUCAUCUUUGACUACGCAGAGCUGAUGGGGGUCAAACAGGUACCGCGCAGCUUCCCUUUUCCCAUCUAGAGAGGCCACCGUCCUGUAUUUGGCGGCUGAGCUCAGCGAGGCCCAAUUAACCAGCCAAUGAGGGUGAUAUAAGAUAUUUCCUCCUGCUGUAAAAUAUUUCUAAAAAGAGAGGUCCCAGGGAUGAAGCAAAUUUGGAAGCCAUGACCUCUCUCUUGGAAGCUCUUAAUGUGCUCUGGCUUUACAGUGAUAGCAGUUAGAGGGGUGCAUUGGAUUUGGAUGAAUUCUGAGGGAUUUUUAAUAAUAAUAAUAAUGAUAUUUAUUUGAUUUUAAAACUAUAAGAUCAUAACAAUACACAUAACAUCCACAUUUGGAGAUUCCUCAGAAUCUCUGGACUUCCCAUCUUCCCCUCCGUGGGUCUUAUUAUUAAACCUUUUCUACUGCACCUUUUUCAAUAGUCCCUAUUUUAUAUAAGUCCAUUAUCUCCACAGUACCUGCUACAUUACGAGUGUUAUUGCAAUCCUGCUAGUGUUUUCGUCUGUUUAAAGUGGUCUCCAAGAUAAAUUAUAAACUUUCCCCAUCUAACAAAGGAUGGGGAAAAUUUAUAAUUUAUUUUGGAGACCACUUUAACAAAGUUCUGGUCUUCUUGGUUUCUGAAAUUUCCAGUCAGUUUUGCCAUUUCGGCAUAGUCCAACAGUUUAAUCUGUUAUUCCUCCUUGGUAGGGACUUUAUCUUUUUUCCAUCUCUAGAAUUCUGACGGAUUUUUGGCCAAGGUAGUGACCGCAGAAGCAAUUAAAUGUUUUCUCAGCAGUCCAGAUAACAAAACGUAAACAGAUCUCACAUUCCCCCUUUGUGAAUAUGUAGAUGCCUGAUGUGGACGCAGGUCUAAAAUGGUGUCAUUUCCUCAAAAGAUUUGUGUGUCUGCAAUGGAAACGGGUGUUUCUUUCAUUCCACAGGUUUACUACCACUGCCUGGGCAUGGGGGACCCUUUGGCUGUGAAGUCCAUGCGUGCUGUCCACCUCUUCUCCUACCUUUGCCACCCUGUGUACCGGAGGUUUCUCCUCAUCCUGUGGGCCGUUCCCUGCCUCUCCCUUGAACGCCUGCUCCUCGUGUUGCUCUUCAUGGCCUACAUCACCUGUGCCCACAACCUCGACCAGCAGGACUACCUCUACCUGCAAGCUCAGCUGGACAAGAAUGGCCCCUCCGUCCUUGGGGGGGAACUGAACCAGUGUGGCCCCAAUUUUAUAUGUGGGUGCUGGUGUCCUAGUAUGUUGGGGCCUGAGAGCCUGGUACCUUGCACUCUUCCAUGCUAA